AUGCCGUUCGGUGAGGUGACGAUCAUCCUAGAGGACGUUGCGACACUCACCGGAUUAGCGAUCGACAGUGAUGUCGUCGUAGUAGACAUACCAGACGAGGACUGGUCGGCUAUGUGUCUUCGACUGUUAGGACAGGCUCCUACUGAUCUUGGUGGCGGCGUCAUCCGGAUUACUUGGCUCAUGGAGACUUUCGAUGAGCUACCGCUUUCUGCAUCACCCCAGACGACAGAGCAGUUUGCAAGAGCGUAUGCGCUGUCUCUGAUGGGAGGUGUCUUGCUCUCCGAUCGGUCUGGAGGUUCAGUUCACCUGCAGUACCUACAUUUGGUGGAGGAUUGGCGCAGAGCGGGGAGGUUUGCUUGGGAAGAAGCUGUGCUAUCCUACUUGUACCGUGAGAUGGGUAGAUCGGCGCUGCAGAUGACGACAUCUUCUGCACCGGGUGGUGACUUUGGUGGAUGGUCCGCCUUGCUGAUGAUCUGGACGUGGGAGCGGUUUCCUCAUCCAUCACUCUCCACUAUGGCAAAUGCAAUUGGAAAAAUCUUCUUCCGGCCAUCAAAUGAGCUCGCCGGCAGUAGCACUCCUUUAUACUUCCCAGUAAGAAAUGUCCCAUCAACAACCAUGACGCCUGGACAAUUCUUGAAUCCAUCUAUACAAGGUCCAUAA